CUAUCAGGCUCUCCAAUCGCGGGUAGAGAUCAUCGCUUUACCCAGGCAGUUGUGUCGAUCUCGGCUCCAACUGGAGACUGGGGCCGUGCCAUGGCGGAGAAGACUCGAAAGAGUGUGAAGAUUGCUCCUGGAGCAGUUGUGUGCGUAGAAAGUGAGAUCAGAGGAGAUGUAACUAUAGGACCUAGGACAGUGAUCCACCCUAAAGCACGGAUUAUUGCAGAAGCCGGGCCAAUAGUGAUCGGUGAAGGUAACCUUAUAGAAGAACAGGCCCUGAUCAUAAACGCUCACCCCGAUAAUAUCACCCCUGACGCUGGAGAUUCAGAACCCAAACCUAUGAUCAUUGGCACCAAUAAUGUGUUUGAAGUUGGCUGCUAUUCUCAAGCCAUGAAAAUGGGAGAUAAUAAUGUUAUUGAAUCAAAAGCGUAUGUCGGCAGAAACGUCAUACUGACGAGUGGCUGCAUCAUUGGUGCAUGCUGCAGCCUGAAUACCUUUGAAGUCAUCCCCGAGAACACAGUGAUCUACGGCACAGACUGCCUUCGUCGGGUGCAGACUGAGCGGCCACAGCCCCAAACACUACAGCUGGAUUUCCUGAUGAAAAUCUUGCCCAACUAUCACCACUUAAAGAAGACGACAAAAGGAAGCUCGACUCCAGUGAAGGACUAACACAGCGUGUGACCCCAGGACAGCGUUUCAUCUCGACCACAGUCUCAUGAAAGGCAUAGGGUUUCUGCAGUCGUCGCAGCUCCCAGGGUAAUACACGUCGACUCUGUUUUGUAAGAUUGAGUUAGAGGGGAAAGUAAUGUAUUUGCAUUGUAACUGUCCUCUAUAAUUUAUAUAAAAUGUAUUAUUUUCCUACAUUGUUGCUCCUUUUCUGAUAACUUACAGAUUUAGUUUAUUUUUCUUUUGUUAUACAAAAUAUUGGCCACAAAUUUUAGUUAUGUAAAAGACUCCCCGUGAUAAGAAGCGACACGUUGUUAUGUAUUUAUAUUCUAACACAUUCUAAACUAAAUAAAAGUGCUGAUGACGGGACGUUUAGUGAGCAGAGUUUAAUCAGUUUUUCCGCUUGCAUUACUUUUCCCUAUAGCUGUCUUCAUUUUUAUUAUGUACUGGCUGUAAUAAAGCUGACGUGUUCACCUCUUGUGGAUAUGCAGGUGUUUAAAACGUCUGGUGAAAUUUCAGCAGCUACUGAAUUCAUUUAGACUUUAUUUCCAAGAAAAAUAUUAUUUUUCUUUUUGGUAAAAUAAAAGUCAUCAGGGAAAGCUAUAUUCAGUACAUUAACUAUUCAGAAAGAAUGACGUCUGACUAACAUGACAAGUAAUGACCAUUAAUUGAGUGAUAUUCCUGGGUUUCUGCCGACAAUGAAAA